AUGGCUAUUCUUCGAUUUUUACAGAGUCCAAUAGGAUUAGCUCCGGAGUUCGUUACAUCUACUAUCGUGGCAAGUCACGAGCUUGCGCAAAACACUUUGACAACAUCGAUUUCUACGAGUACGAGGAGUAUUUGGCUCGCCUUACCAACCAUGACAACCAUGACAACUACGAAAACUUCUACCUUAGUACCGAUUCAGACACUCAUAACCUCUUUGUUGUACAGAGAACCGUCGAAUAUUCAACUAGCCGCCGCAAACCCGACACGUACAAACGUUCAAACCGAACCAUCUACGAAUGUACAUUCGAAUUUUCCACAGUUCGGGCGACUUGCAGUCACUCCAUAUCAGCUUAUGUAUAUAAUAGCAGUUUGCGUGUGCUUUAUGAUUCUAAUGAGUUUUUGCUGUUGCACGGAUGACAUUAGGCGCUAUAUAAGAUCCAACCGUCGCACCAAUCCUGGCGCAACAAUACAAGCAGCUCCUGUGUGGCCAGGAGCUUUGCGAUUUGUGGAUGGAGCUGACGAUCGAGGUAGGAGCAACAGGACUUCCCGAUGUCAUUCUGCUAUCAGUGACUCUACCGUUAGACCUCUUAUGCCUCAAGUUGCGGAGAGAAUUGAUUCGGCUACUACUUCUACCAUACCUAUGAAUACUCUUACUAAAAUAACCAUCAAGAAACGUGAAGAAGGUCAUGAAUCUAUCAUUCUUGAUGAGAUUGAACUACAGGAUCUUGCCUCCGCACCCUCGUGCUAUAGCUUUUCAAAUAGCGAUUCUGAUAUCACUCAUAAACAUUUUACCGAUAACCAUGAGGCUGAUGCUCAAAAUCGAAGAAAAGUCAGCUUGCGCGGUGGCUCUGGUGUAGAAGAUAAUCUAUUGCGUACCGGAGCCAUCACUAGUUUCAAGCAAACCGAGGAGAGAUGGAAGCCAACGUGGUCUGCCACAAAAUCUCUCUUCAGUUCCCGACGCAGAGGAUCAGAACCUAUUCCAGGACAAAAUGCAUCAAGUUUCGCGUCAAAUAGCUCUACAACUUUUGGUAACAACCACUCUUCAUCGGCACAAAAGGGCAAUCGAUCUCUUCGAAAAUCAUUUACAACUACAUCUAAACGUGUAGAAAGACAAGAAGAUACUUCCGGUACGAUUUUCUCCUUCCCUCUGAGUGAAGGGAGUGAUUCGGAGAUUCCACGUUUCCCCACCCUCAACCGAAUCAAACGAAAACUCAGACCACUUAUCCAUUCAGUAUCAAAACAAUCCUUGAGGGGAAAGUUUUCAUUAGGGGAUCGCAGCGGAGAGCACAGCACCGAAGAGGCAGACUCAGAGGAAAUUCAAUAUAGUAGCACAGUUCGAAAAGCACUUCGAAGAGCUCGUAGCUCAGCUUCAAUUCCAUUUGGUCUUUUCAAGCUACCUGAGCCGGCAAGAAAUGAUCCAGAGCCUUCUGUCGCGGGACCUGUUUCUAUCAUUUCUAGCCCUAACGAUGCCCGAUCUGUGAUUUCUGACACCGCAUCUGAAAAUACUCUGAGAGCUAGGUCUCCAGUCAGUACUUUGCUUGGAGUCAGAACUGAUAGGAGAUCUGGUUCUGGGCAUCGAAGCAGGAGUUUGCAAAAGAUGGUCAAGUCCAGUCUGGCUGAUGAUAUUGAUGUGGCUUCUUCACACGCCUUUUCAUAUGCUCGCAGAAUUGAGGGGAGAUGUGGAUCUGGAUCUGGCUAUAAAGCCAGGGGCCCGAACAGAGCUGUUGUGGGAAUGGGUUAUCGCGAAAGUGUAGCUAGUGAAAUUAAUUCUGGUUCUGUGUUGACGUAUUCAAACUCUGGAAGAGAGGGGGAGAGACUCGAAUCUUCCAAAGAGAGCCCUGAAAAGGGAGAAGAGAAAAAGUAUGAUGAUGAGACUGAGGAUGAAAAUGAGGGCCAGGUCUGCAACUCAGAAAUUGCUGAAAAACUAGGGUCGACUUACGUUGCAUGUAAAUCGGUUAAUAGCAGUCAAGGGGAGGACAACGAUGAGGCUGCUGAGAUCGAACAAGAAAGUUCCGACGAACAAUCCUCAUGUCCGAAUUCUACUUCUGUCGAUAAUGCAAACAAAAUUCGUAAGCGCGGUCGAACCGCAAUGGCGAAUCAUUUCCAUGCGAGAUCGAGAAGAGUUGGAACGGAUAGUACGGAUAGUUCAGGGAGUUUUGUGGCUGGGAAUAGCAGGAAAUUGAAGGGUAGAUUGGGUUUGUUGAUGAUUAGAGGGGCUACGGGUGGCGAAGAUGGGGGAGUAGGUGCUAGGCAGGGUGGAAAGGUGGAGUUGGUUCCGAUGAAUUUUGGGGGGGAUUAUUAG